GUUCGUGCAGCCUACCGCUGCGACUACAGCGCCAAACGGACUAUUUCGAAACUAAGUUAACGUAUCUGUGGCUUGACUUUUUACUGCGCGAGUAUCUGUGGCAAUGGCACGAGUAAAACACGUCGCUUUCGUGGGUCGUUGAUCUAUGUUUAAUGGCUUGUGCAUUUGGCGUUCAAUAAUAUUGUACAAUUUUAAUAAUUGCACAAUAACAUUAAUUGACGUGUUCGUUUAUUGUGAAUAUAAGACAUUUAUUUGAGUUCGAAUUAUAUUCUUUAAUAUGGACACAGUGCAGGAGAGUUUGAUAUUUAAAUAUAGUGCAAGUUAACUAUCAUACAUUCAAUUCUUGUUCGAGAUCCCGUUAAUCGUGGCAUAAGUCGCGGGUAAACAAAAUUGUACAUAUUUGCGCAAAAAUAUUUGUUAGCGGUUUCAGAAUCCGCGGCUCAUUUAAAAGUGUUCUUGAUUAAUUUGUAUUCGAAGAUUUUGCGUACUUCAUUAGUGACAAUAAAAUGUCAUGCAAAGGAAAUAAGGGAAUGCAGGAGGAAAGAAAAUUCUUAUCGGAAUUUAUCGAUGUAUACAAAAGUCUGCCGGCUCUAUGGGAUUCAAAAAGUAAAACAUAUUACGAUAGACAAAGAAAGGCCGAAGCCUAUGAAAUUUUACUUAAUAAAUACAAAGAAAGGUAUCCUGAUGCGACGAGAGAAGAUGUGACGAAAAAAAUAAAUGCUUUCAGAUCGAAUUAUCGUAACGGACUAAGAAAAUACUACGCAGCGUUGAAAUCAGCCAAGAACAAGGAUUUGGUACGAAAGCCGUCGCUGUGGUAUUUUGAAAAGUUCAGUUUUUUAAAAUUGAAUUUCGGAAAUCUGAACAUCAAAACGCAUGAAAGUAAUGCUGAUGAUACAGAUAAUAAUUCUAGAAACUUCAAUGUUAACGACAUAGAAAUAUAUGUGGAAAAAAGCGAUUCAAUGAUGACGGACGGAAUUGAGGAUAAUAGUCUUGGAAGUUCCGGAAUUUCCAUAAAACAAGAGUUUGGAAGAAAAAAUUAUCAUAACAGUGGAGAUUAUAAUGAAAAUGAUUAUUACGCUGAAGGUGAAAAGGAGGAACCGAAUGUCCAAUCUGUCAGCGAUCGAGGCGACGAAUAUUAUCACUGGGCUAUGGCUCUUGCUGGGGAUAUACGGAAAAUGGAAAAAACUCAGCAAAUCUAUGCCAAAAAAGCGAUAGCUGAAAUUGUAAUGGAAGGGCGAUUGGGAUUGUUACAUCGUAAUUCAAUAAAAAUAAACGAAGAUCCACUUUAGAACAUAAUUUUAACUCCAAUGCAUUUAUCUUCAUAUACAGCCAUAAAGCAGUUUACUUGUGGGUAUUGCUCGAAUGAUUAAGACCGGCUUUAAAGUAAAGCGCGGGUGGCCCAGGGGGCUGGACAGAAGGGGACGCCGUAGAAAUCUCUCCCAGGGCGUAACACUAAAACUGAUAGCGCGAAUGACUGAUUUUUCGGGUCUGAUAUAUUUGUACUGAAUUCAUUCCAUUUUGCUCCUCCAGUUAUAUAUACAGCAACCUAUUUGAAGAGCAAAAAAGUGAAGUGUCACAGUGAAGGGGUACAUAAUUUUUUUAAAUAAAGAUUUUUUAUAGUCAA